AUGGGAGAUAGCAGACUGCGCAAGCUGCGACACACGGGGAAUCGGCAGCUCGGCGCCUACGGAGCCCACGGUCUAUCGGGCAAAUCGGACAAGAUAAAGGCUGACUGGAAGACCGCUACCCAGUACCAGAUGUUCCAUGCCUUGGCUCUUGCCACCCUGCCCAUCUACCAGAAGACUCCCGCCAGGACCGCCGCUGGGCUGCUCUUCACCACGGGCAUCACCCUCUUCUCGGGGUCCAUCUACUACGCCUGUGAGCUUUUAUCGUGUUGCGUGAGAUACCACACGCCCUGGACCAAACUCUGGAGCGAAGCCAGUGGCGGUGUCAAUAACGGCGGCGGUGAAACCGUCUCAUGGAGAGCGCUUUUCGAGAACGUUGUAGUAGUUUGAUUUGUGGUGACCACCUCUCCAUCUGGUUGAGAGACCUGGUCUUGUGGGAGACUCUCUGCUGACGUUGCUUCCUAGUUUUCGCUUGAGUCACUUCAAGAUCUGGCCUGCCCGGGUCCAACGCUGCCAGCCCUUUCAUGACAAUAUCCUGAAGGUCUGAAGACAUCCUCUUCAUCGUGGGGUAGUCGGGCUGUGAAAAUCGGUCCGGGGGAGGUGGUAUCUUCCAUGAUGCAACCUACGGCAUUGUACGUUUGUGGGUGGUAGUGUGCGAUGUCUCCUUGUCCGGACGUCGUGAU